AUGGAAUCGAAGCAUACCCCGGUCCCAAAUGGGAUGACGUCAUUCUGGAGGACAGAGCCUCACUUUCUAGACAGCCACCGAUCUACCGAAUCUCUCCCUCGGGAGUGUGAUAUCGUUGUUAUAGGAGCUGGAUAUGCAGGGGCAUCUGUUGUGCACCAUAUUCUCGACCAAAUCAGCCCCGGGUCGACGCCGCCUUCGAUUGUGAUUUUGGAGGCUCGACAGGCUUGUUCCGGUGCCACUGGGCGAAAUGGAGGGCACAUGAAACCUGAUGUUUAUAAUGGUAUCGCUGGUUUAGCCGCUGAUCAUGGCGUCGAGGCUGCCGCUGAGGUUGCCGCUUUCGAGGCUAAGCAUGUCUCGUUUCUCAAGGAGUUCAUCGAAAGAGAAAAGAUAGACUGUGAAUACUCGGUCACAAAGUCUAUCGAUGUUCAGCUGUCUCGGGCUCAUAGCGCAACACUCAAGAAGGCAUACGAAGGAUUGAUCGAGAAGGGAUGUGAAGCAACAACGAGGGCAAAUUAUAUCCCCAGCAAUGAGGCAGAACAGUUCUCCGGAGUCAAGGGUGCACAGGGCUGUUUCACAUAUGAGGCCGGUCACAUUUGGCCAUACAAAUUCGUGCUGCACCUUUUGGAAAAGGCAAUUGCCCAAGGCGUAAAUUUACAGACGCACACACCGGUAUCUGGGAUUACACAGUCUAUUGCCUCAACAUCAGGUCAUCUCUGGACAGUGAAUAGUGCUCGGGGUUCUGUUGCUGCCAAGACAGUGGUUUUAGCAACAAAUGCUUAUACUUCGUGUCUGGCCCCCCAAUAUAAGGAGAAGAUUAUUCCCGUCCGAGGAACAUGCAGUCGAAUCAUUGUUCCUCCAGGUACCACCGCUCCUCGUCUGACAGAUACUUAUACCCUGCGCUGGAACAAUUGGAAUUAUGACUACCUCAUCCCACGCGCCGAUGGGAGUAUAGUCGUCGGCGGUGCUCGUCCGGCUUUCAUCAAUGAUCUGGAUAGCUGGUACAAUGUCAGUGAUGAUAGCCUGGUACUGGAGCCUGCUGUUCGAUACUGGGAUAAUUAUAUGCAGCGGAACUUUGUUGGUUGGGAGAAUAGUCACGCUUACACUGACAGAGUCUGGACAGGGAUCAUGGGCUAUUCGUCAGAUGGACUACCGCAUGUUGGCCAUGUCCCAGGACAGAAGGAUCAGUACAUCAUCGCUGGGUUCACGGGACACGGGAUGCCCCAAAUCUUCCUAGCGGCUGAGGGCCUGGCGAAAAUGGUACUCAAUGAUGUCGAUUUUGCACAAACUGGCCUCCCGCGGCUGUUUGAGUCUACUCAAUCCCGACUUGAGAGCUGCCAGAAUAAGAUAUUUGCUAACAUCCCCGGGGCUGGGAAACCGCAACCAAGACUGUGA